AUGAACAUUAAUAACUAAUUACUUAAGAUUGUACAAGAUGUAUAAAUCAUCUUCUAUUAAUAGAUUCAAUUAGUAAUUAAGAGUGACUUUGAUCUUAAACCUAACCUCGAUGAUUUAAUCAAAAUUUUAAAAUAAUAAGUGACCAUACUGAUUGAAUUAGUGUAACAAUAAAAGAGUGUUGAUUAUGAUUAAUUAGAAAAAGCUGUUUAGAAGGCUGAAGCUGAAAUUCGAAAUCAUGUUAGAGUAAUACUUCAAUUCCCUAUUAUUUUAGGUUGAAUAAUAAAUGAAGUUAUAUUCAGACAGUCUUUAAGAGAAAAUCGAUUAAUUAGAAAAGGAAAAAUAAGAAUUACUUGAUAAAGUAUUCAAUCUUUAUUCUAAUUUAUAAGAAUAAAACGAUACUCUAAACUCAAGAAAGAAAAAUCUCUUCAUAAAAUGCUACCAGAGAAUCAAGUCCUAGUUUAUUUAAAAAAUCCUACAUCAUGGGCAAUCAAGUAUAUAAUAAGUAAUAGGGAAUCUCAUAAGAUAAUUGUACAUCUGUCAUAUAAAAUUGUGAUAGUCAAUAAACUAGGGAAAAAAGAAGUUCUGGCACUUAACAUUCCUAUGUCAUGAUGAAAAACAUGUAUCAAUCUAUAUAAAAUACCUAGUCGUGAAAAAAUCAAUAUGAAUGCUUCAUAAGAAAAAGUUAAUGAUAAAAGUUCUACUAUUCUCAAAUCUCAAAAUAGCUCCUCGCUCAUUAAGAUGUAUAAUAUUUAAAAAUUAAUCAUGAAAAAUCAAUAAGAUAAACAUUUACAAUAAUUAAAGAAGUAUUAUAAAUAUUUUUAUCUUUAGUAAAACUUUGAAUCAAAUUUUGGAUGAUUCUUAAGCAACAAAAAAGAAACCUUGA